CAAUUGAUUGUCAAUUGGGGGUGGGAAUUGGGUAAUCUUGCGCUCAUGCUCAUGUCAUAAGCAUUUUUAACUACGAACGAGAAAAGCAAUAUUUAUUAUUUUGAAGGGAAUUUAACAGUUCAUGAUAUUUUGGACGUUUCUCCUCGUAAGGAAACGAUAAAAAGAUUUGCGAAUUUCGCAGUUGAAGCAAAUGAAUUGAAGGAUUUCCAAAUUUUCCAACUCGAUUGCAGUAACGAACGACAACUUUAUGACAAAGUAUCCCAAAUAUCUUAAUUUGGCUUUGCUACAGUGUAAAAUUAGGGUGAUACUAUAAAAUGAUUAGUCCAAAAUAACUUCAAAAUGGAAGAUGAAUUAGAAGACAAAAUUUUGUACCAGACUUAUGUGUCGCACAUGAAAAUAAUGUCGAAAAUUAUAUGGGGUUUCCCUCUGAACUUUUCACCCAUCACGUAUUCUAACAAUAUAUUGCGAAUGCUCAGAAUUUAUAUGCUCAAACCAGAAAUUAUCAUCUGCGGUACUGUAAUAUUGUUAAUUUUUUUUUAUAUGCAAGCUGUAGAUAUAUGGAGUCGUAAUUUAUUAGGGAGAUUGCAGUACACUAUCAAUAAAAAUGGAAGGAAUAAAGUAGAUAAACUCAGCUUUUUUGGGGGUGGAGAUGCUGAAAAGAGUUGGCAGAUGAAGAUAGGUCAUAUUGCUGCCUAUGCUAUUCAGGGACGAAGACCAAAAAUGGAAGAUAGAUUUGUUAUCAAUGAUAAUAUAAAUAAUACAGGCGUGGGUUUAUUUGCUGUAUUUGAUGGGCAUGGAGGUGAGUUUGCUGCUAAUUAUGCAAAAGAGAAGCUAAUGCAAAGUUUGUAUGAUAAAGUUGUUGAAAUAAAAGAUUUGGUAUCUGGUAAAAAACAAAUGAGAAAAGAAGAACCUCCUGCUGAAGAGGAAGAAAAAAAGAUUGAAAAGCCAAAAACUCCAACCUUAGUAGAAAGAAGAAAAAGUUUCAAAAAAACAAUUUCAACAACUGAUGAAUGUGAUCAAUCAAAAGGGAAAGAAAUAACUGACCCAGAGCUACUUGAUAAGCUUAGUAACAUUAGUAGACCAAUAACUAGAGAAGUUAAAGCAGGUAAAGUCUCAAUGGUCAAGAAAAUUGAAGCUACUGACUAUUUUGAUAAGAGUGGCAUUGUUAACUACGGUAAAUUGAUAACUGAUGAAGUUUUGGCAGCUGAUCAUUCCUUACUUGAAGCAGCUAAGAAAAAUUUUGAUGUAGCUGGAACAACAGCCUUAAUAGCUAUUUUAGAAGGGAGUAAACUAAUUGUGGGUAAUGUGGGAGACUCUAGAGGUGUAAUGUGUGAUGGACGUGGAAAUGCUAUUCCAUUAUCAUUUGAUCACAAACCACAGCAAAUGAGGGAACGUAAAAGAAUAAAAGAGGCUGGUGGAUUUGUGACUUUCAAUGGUGUUUGGAGGGUGGCAGGAAUCUUAGCUACUUCUAGAGCACUUGGUGAUUAUCCAUUGAAAGACAAAAAAUUUGUUAUAGCUGAUCCUGAUAUUUUAACAUUCGAGUUGAAAGAUCACAAGCCAAUGUUUGUAAUUUUGGCAUCAGAUGGGUUGUGGGAUACAUUUACAAAUGAUGAAGCUGUUUCUUUUAUUAAGGAACGACUUCAUGAACCUGAUUUUGGAGCAAAAAGUUUGACUUUACAAUCAUAUCAUAGAGGUUCCUUGGAUAAUAUCACAGUUAUUAUCAUAAAUUUCAAAGAAAGGGAUGUUGAAUAACAAGCAAACAGCAAAUAAAUGAUGAAUAAAACUACUACCAGAAUACUUUUAGACUAUUUUCUCACAAUUUCUUUGGACAAAAAAAUAAUAAAUUGAUUUUCUAGUAAGUGAUGAAUGCAAUAUAAUGUAAGAUACUAAAUCAUAUUUUCAUUGUAUAUUUUCUGGUCAAAACUUGGUCACUUGCUCCCUUAAUAUUCAAUUUUAUAGAAGCCAAAGAAAUUAAUUUCUUACCUGAGCAUCACAUGGAAAUGACUUGUUUUAAAAUUUUUUACUGCUUAUUUAUUGUAAUUUAUAAAUUCAUGAAAAAAAAAAUGUUGAUAUAAUUCCUUGAAGUCUGCAGUCUUUUUUUUUGAUGAUUGCAUUUUAUCAGGAAUAUUAUUUCAUCUUUAUUCCUGCCCUUUUAAUUUGUUUGCAGUGGAUCUUUUUAUUUUAUGAUUAUUUACAAUUGAAAAAGUUUAUAUGAAGAGUUGCUAUGUUGUGCCAAAGUUUGUUUAGACAUGAUUGUUGCAAAUAAAGAAGUGAAGACUCA